GAUUACAACUAAAAUUUCAAUAAAAUAACAAAGGCAGAGUAUAUUUGGGUCUACAUUGCACAGUUAAUCAUUGAGUAAAAAUACUGCAGUGUCAGAAGCCACUGCAUCACAUGUAAAAAAAAACUCUGCCAAUUAGUAACAGUUUUAUGUCAAAGUCCUUUUGUUGCUCUUUGGAGGCACCAUAAACUGGAUAUGUUUGUUAAAGUCUUAACACUACAAGCACAUUCGGUUCAAAAGCAACAGAAUUAACUCCAUGACACAAUGGGGAAGGUGCUCAUUUUGUUUGGACUUGUCUUUUUCACCACAUCAUAUGCUAUACCAGUUUCCUUGGAAGUACAUGAGGUGUAUGAAAACAGUGAAGAUGUGAAUCCUCUCCUUAACGAGGGUUCAGAUGCCAACCUAAUUGAGGGUGACAUUUUACUUCCUAAAGAAAGGAAUGCUCUAAUUAAUGAACGGUACAGAUGGCAGUUUCCCAUCCCCUACAUCCUUGGAGAUGAUUUAGAUCUGAAUGCCAAAGGCUGUGUCCACCAGGCAUUUGAAGUGUAUCGUCUCAAGUCUUGUGUCGACUUCAAGCCGUACGAGGGAGAAAAGUCCUACAUCAAGUUUGAGAAACAAGGAGGAUGCUUCUCCAGCGUUGGCAAACAGAGUGACGGUCAGAUUCUAUCUUUGGGACCAGGCUGUGACCACAAGGCUGUGAUUGAGCAUGAGCUUCUUCAUGCCCUUGGAUUUUAUCAUGAGCAGUCCCGCACAGACAGGGAUGACUAUGUGAACAUCUGGCUUGAUCAGGUGAAACCUGGACUUGAGCACAACUUCAACGCAUACAACGACGACUUCAUCACCGAUCAAAACACGGCGUACGACUACGAGUCUGUCAUGCAUUAUCGGCCCUUCUCCUUUAACAAGAAUGAAUCCAUACCCACCAUCACCACCAAAAUCCCAGAGUUUUACUACAUCAUCGGCCAAUACCUAGACUUCAGCGAGAAGGACACCCUCAGGCUCAAUCGCAUGUACAACUGCUCUGGGCCGCUGACCCUGCUGGAUCAGUGUGCAUUUGAGUACGCUAGCAUCUGUGGGAUGAUCCAAGCCUCCACUGACGAUGUUGACUGGGUUCAUACCAAGAGCACUGCGGAUGCAGAAGACCACACACUCCUGGGAAGGUGCAGAGAUGCUGGGUACUUCAUGUACUUGAACACCAGGAUCGGAAACCCGCAGGACUCAGCUCUGUUGGAAUCCAGAACCCUCUAUCCAAAGAGGAAGAUUCAGUGCCUGCAAUUUUUCUAUAAAAUGACUGGGAAUGUCCAGGACAAGCUGGUGAUAUGGGUCAAGAUGGAUGAUGGGACAGGCGUUGUUCGCAGCAUGAGGAAAAUACACACUUUUCAGGCGGAUUCUGAUCACACGUGGAAAAUUGCCCACGUCCAAAUGGAAAUGGAAGUUAAAUUCCGAUACGCCUUCCAAGCCGUGCGCGGCGACCCCUCUGCAUCCUCCGGAGGCAUUUACAUCGACGACAUCAGCCUGACUGAGACACGGUGUCCCAGUGCUGUGUGGACCAUCCACAACUUCUCUAAGAUCAUGGAAACGGCGGACAACAACACGGUUCUCAACAGCCCUCGUUUCUACAGCCCCGAAGGUUAUGCGUACGGCGUCCGUGUCAAACCACUGUCAGAGUACAGUGACUUCACAGGGAACUACACAGGACUGUACUUUCACCUGGCAAGUGGGGAGAAUGACCUCAUUCUGCAGUGGCCAGCAAUCAACAGACAGGCUACCUUGGUGGUGAUGGACCAAGAUCCUAACAUCUUGCUGAGGAUGUCCUCUGCUCGUAGUCUUACUACUGAUAUGUCUAAAGCUUCAGAUGGAAACUAUCGCUGGGACAAUCCAUCCAAGGUGGGGACGUACGACUCCUCCUGUGAUUGCUACAGAGGUGAAUCCUGGGGAUGGAGGAACUUUAUCAAGCACUUCGACCUCAGGAGGCGCAACUACCUCAAGAACGAUGACCUUAUUAUCUUCAUUGACUUUGAGGAUUUAACAUCACUCAUCCACACGGAAGUCCCCGUAAAGCCAAAUGAAUAGACAGCAGAUUGUAACAGGAUGAAGAGUCAAAAAACCUGGACGGCGCGUUUGCAUUGAGAGUUGGUGCAAGAAUCUGUGAAAAUGCCACAUGGGAUGAAGAAUAAUCAGUUAGAAUCAUGUAAAUGAUAAAUAUGUAAAAGUUUGUUAAUCUAAAAUUAUUCCGCUUUUAAACUUUUACCUUCUGUUGUUUUAAUUGAUCAAUAUUAGAACAAAUAGGAAUUAUUUUCUGUAACCGGAUUUGAUUUUUUGAGAACAAUUUAAAACAUUUUCUAAUGUAGUUAUUAGUGCACAGCAAUAUUUUGCAAGUUUCAUGGGCUUGUAAGCAUUAUAAUAAACGCAAUAAGCAUUGUAAUAAACGUGAUCAAAACUAGUCGCUUACGUGUUACAUAUUAAACAAAUGAUUUGGAUUUAUUUUCCCUUAAUCAGAAUUUGGUAUGGCAAUAAAGAAUAUUGCAAUCUGGUUCUAAAACCAGGAAUUUGAAUAGCUUUGAUUCAGUAGGCAUAAAGAAACCCACAAAAUUGCUUUUCUAAUCUGUAAUCUUCCAAUCUGUCUGGUGUAAAUACUGGGAAAACA